UUUCCUAAACCUUGUGGACCAUCAUCUGCCUCGCGAGCAAUGCGAGGAAGCCACCCUCACCUCAAUCCCGGCCUCACUCCAUCCUCCUUGACCUCAUAACCUACCUGGAUAUACCCUACCCUUGCUUCCCUUCUCAUGGAGGCCUCUGACUCAUGGCUGACGCCUGGCAAACUUUGUCUAAUCUCCAAGCUAGUAUAUAUUCACCCUCACCGUGCGCCUGCCUCGUUCCAAGUUGCGCACGCAUCCCUCCUCCUACCUGCAUUGCGAGCACUUGCUCCCAACAUGUCAUACCCUGUGAACGUCAACCCCGUCAACGGACCGACCGUCAGAUACUGUGGCACCCCGGUCUACUACGACCAUUCUCCCCUCCGUAAAGGGCUUUAUACAUUGCUCGGCAUGCUUUCCGUUACCCUCAUUGGCUUGACCAUCACUCGCAUCGUCAGGACCGAAUCUGUUUAUCGGCGGGGGUUCUAUGACCGUAUCAUUGCCGAGCUCCUGGCGACAAGCCUUCUGACGCUCCCGGUGGCUCUGCAUGCCUUCCAUACCCUAGAGCGUCGCAUCGACACCGGCAUUGGCAGGUCCUUUGCCCAUGAACUCGGUAUCCUCUUCGUCCUCUGGAUCCUCUGGCUCGUCGGCGCAGCCGUCUCUACCUCCCACUGGACCGACCUCUACUCCUGCUGGUACCUCUUCAGCUGCCGCCUCCUCACCGCCAUCGUCGCCAUCUCCUGGUCUGGCUUCGGCGUCCUUACCUUCCUCAUCAUCGCCAGCGCGGUGCUUGGGCGCCUCAAGGGCGGCUUCAUGCGCCCGAUGCACGCGCAGUAUAGCGCGCAUGCGUACCAUCAUAGGGGACCCUCGGCCUCGGCGCGGAUGUCGAAGGAGAAUGAGGCGGGAAUUCCUCCUGCUUGAGAAAUGCGUUUGAUUUUGGGAUGCCUUGUACUCUAUACGAUUUCAUGGUGAACAGUUGUCUCGCAUACUCAUAACUUUGGUCUUAGGUUUGAGGUUACUUUAUGAUUAUCCCUUCCAUUCUGAUGUCACUGGUUCGCGGUAUUCUAGUCUUCCUCUCUCCGUCUCUUAUGUACCUGUAGCUGAAUUCGUACUCAUAGUUUUCUUUGUCCAA